AGGUGCUUUCCGUGUCGCAGACGCAGCCACCGCGACCAAUCCUGUUCGCACAGCUCCGUCCUCGUUCCUCUCUACAGCCCUCUUCCCUACUCGCAUUCUUCCUUUCUAUUCAACGCUCUAUCUAUCGUAUUAUCCCGCAAUGUCUGUCAUUCACCCACAACUUCACAGUACGCUCGACAGCCUCAAGUUCCAGCUCAAGGAUGCUUUCUGGGCGCUCUCGUCCUGCAUUUGCCAGCAGUCAGCGAAGGUCAAGAUUAAUGGCCGGACAUUCAAAAUCGUGAGAGUACUGGGAGAAGGCGGCUUCUCGUUCGUCUACUUAGCGGAGGAUGAGCACAGCGGGAGGCAAUUCGCCUUGAAGAAGAUUCGGUGUCCGAGUGGACGGGAAGACGUGAGGCAGGCUAUGCGAGAGGUCGAAGCAUACCGGAGAUUCAAGCACCCAAAUAUCAUUCGCAUAUUGGACUCUGCAGUCGUGGAGGACCCAAAUGGUGAUGGCCAAGUUGUCUAUCUCUUCCUUCCCCUUUACAAGCGAGGCAACCUCCAAGACGCAAUCAACGCCAACUCCAUUAACGGCACACACUUCUCUGAACAAGAAAUGCUGCGCCUCUUCAAGGGGACCUGCGAAGCCGUCCGGGCCAUGCACGACUACCGUGUCCCUGUAAAUCCUAAAGCCGGGCGCACGAAUCAGUCCCGGUCCGCCUCAAAUACUGCCGCGUCCAUACCUGGACCAAGCAACCCUAACUCUCCCCGGCAUUCGCUAGACGACGACGAGAACGCGGAGAUGUUUCCGCGCCCGGAGGGGGACGGCGAUGUCGGGUACUCAUAUCGUGGCAAUGGGAGCGUGCAUGGCUCGGAGGUCCCGCUCAUGACGAAGAACCGACCGGAUGACAAUGAGGCCAUAUUUGAUGGUGACGAGGAGCUUGCGCGCAUCCAACAGGAGGAGAACAGCCGCUCUGGGGAGACGGAGCUUGUCCCAUACGCGCAUAGGGACAUGAAACCAGGCAAUGUCAUGAUAGCGGACGAUGGUUCACCUGUCCUCAUGGACUUCGGUAGUGCCAUGAAAGCGCGGAUCAAAAUCGAAAAUCGGUCGCAAGCUUUGCUGCAGCAGGAUCUCGCGGCAGAGCAGUGUACAAUGGCAUACCGUGCUCCCGAGCUCUUCGAUGUCAAGACCGGCAUCACGCUCGACGAGAAAGUCGACAUCUGGUCGCUCGGCUGCACACUUUUCGCGCUCGCCUACUCCCACUCGCCAUUCGAGAAUAUGCAAACAACAGAGCAGGGUGGCUCGAUAGCGAUGGCAGUCAUGAACGCGCAGUACAAGCACCCACAGUCUGCCUACUCCCAGGGGCUGAAGAACCUCAUCGACAGCAUGCUGAAGGUUAGCCCCAGUGAACGGCCCGACAUCUACCAGGUGAUUGAGAUGACCGACAAGGUCCUGCAGAGUCUCAGAUAGCAGAUCUAGUAUCCCUCUCCGCUGCUGUACACACUUGCUCCUCGCUCGG